UCUCCAGAUUCUAGAGGUCUGAGAUACAUGAAGAACCUGUAUAAAAAGUUUGCUACCAAGGAAGGUGUUCUUAAGGGCAACAAAAGGCAUCUCUACAACACCGUCCGCCUUGUCACACCACAGGCUGAAUGCAAGCAUCCCUCUACUAAUAAUCUUCAUUCAGUAGACCUGUUUUUCAACUUGGAUUGGGUUACUGUCCAAGAGCACUUGCUCAAGUCAGUCUUGCUCUUCUCAUUUGAUGAGUCUGUUUCUACAGCCUCAAAUCUUACAUGUAUUUACAACGUGAUUGUUCAGGAAAGGGAUGCCUCCAGUCAAGUGUGCAUCAGUGUUCCACAUGUAUUCAACCUGCAUUUGGAACUUAGAUGCGAAUGGAUUGAGAUUGAUGUGACCACUAUUCUUCACCCUUUGAUAGUCGCCAAGAAAGGAAACAUCCAUAUGGCUGUGAAUUUCACCUGCUUGAAAAAUGAACAUUCUCCCAACUUUAAAUAUGAUUUCUUCAAUAUGUCCCAAAGAUCACUUUUUCUUCUCUUUUAUACUGUUGACACUGGUGAGCACGCUUAUCACAGACGGAAUUUUCUCCAAAUCAGAAGGAACCUUAAAUCUAAUCUGAAAAAGGGUCCUUUCACAGUUCCUGGUGAAAAGGCCAGGAAAGGCCUUAAACAGGGAAGAAGGGCACCUCGUCAUCGAAGAGAAGAAGAUGGGAAAAUGAAAAACACUCCAGUUCCAAUAUUUAACAUAAGUCAGUAUUACAACCAGUUCCCUUUUCCUCAAAAUGAAUGUGAGCUUCACAGCUUUUGGCUGGAAUUCAGUCAACUGAACUGGGACAAAUGGAUAAUUGCACCACAUAGAUACAAUCCUCACUAUUGCAAAGGUGACUGUCCAAGGGUAGUGGGCCAUCGCUAUGGUUCUCCUGUGCAUGCAGUGGUCCAGAAUAUCCUUCGUGAAAAACUGGAUCCUUCCAUCCCUGAACUUUCCUGCAUUCCGGCUGACUACAGUCCUUUGAGUGUUUUGAAGAUGGAGGCUGAUGGAUCAAUUAUAUACAAAGAAUAUCGCAAUAUGAUAGUGAAAACUUGUACAUGUCGUUAA